AUGUGUGUGCCAUCGAGUGAUCUGAGUGAGCCCCCCAUUUAUCCUCUUCCUCCUUCCAGUCGGCCAGCCGUGUCCACCGCUCAUGAGGUUCCGCCUCUCGACCCCAGAGGCAAGAAACUUUACUCCAACCUGUACCCCACCGCAACAAUCACCAUUCUGGAGACGCAGACGAGGCCCCGAUGGGCCGACCCGUGUCGCCUGAACCGGGAUAUCCCAUAUCAGAAGUUGGCGCCCGGGUAUCGGCUAUUGAUGCGUGGCUGGGACUGUCGGCUGAUGGUCGGGCAGGACGUGCUCCAGCUUACGCACCCCAUUGCACAUCAUCAUCCGUUUUUGAGUAACACAACCGUCGACGAGAUCUGCGUCGAAGGACCCUACGAGGUACAGCUCCCGAAAGUGGUCGGCCUCCGCACAAGCACCCUCUGCAUCACCGACGUGGAAAAAUGCGGCCGAAUAUUGAGGACCCUCUGUCCGGAGGGCCCAAAAAUCUCGCACGUCAAGCUGUUCUUCUACGGGGAGACGAUGAUGUUGGACGAGCGGCUGUCUCGGUUACUCUGCGACAAGGCCGCCGAGGUCGAGCUGUGGAAUUUGGAUGCUAAUUUGGCGGCGAACUUGCUCGACCAGCACACAAAGGUGAUUGUAUGUCCGAAGGAGGCGGAUGGCCGUGAUCUCAAGAAAUUGAUAAGACAGGUGUUGGCCGACUGGCAAACCAGGAAGCGCCCCGACGCGUUCCGCCUGGAAAUUCGACCCCAAAGGUGUUGCCCCGACGAGUUGAAGCUGUUCGAAAAAAAGCAUCAACGUGAGGACGAUGAGGGCGCAUCAAUCACCGUCGCCAGCGGUCUCGGGGCCGAGGGCCCAUUUUUGCGGAUAACCGCCGGGCAG